GCAGGCGGAGCGGGCGGUGGCGCUGAGCUCGCAGUGUGGCCCGAGCUUCCCAGCGUCCGUGCCCGCCGUCCCCGUGGCGCCAUGGCCGCGUCCGCCCUCCCGCCCCGGCCGCUGCUCCUGCUGCCGCUGCUGCCGCUGCUGCUGCUGAGCGCUCGCCCCGCACGCGCCGACAGUAAGGUGUUUGGGGACCUGGACCAGGUGAGGAUGACCUCGGAGGGCUCUGACUGCCGCUGCAAGUGCAUCAUGCGGCCCCUGAGCAAGGACGCGUGCAGCCGGGUGCGCAGCGGGCGGGCACGCGUGGAGGAUUUCUACACGGUGGAGACCGUGAGCUCGGGCACUGACUGCCGCUGCUCCUGUACUGCACCUCCCUCCUCGCUCAACCCCUGUGAGAACGAGUGGAAGAUGGAGAAACUCAAAAAACAGGCACCCGAGCUCCUCAAGCUGCAGUCCAUGGUGGAUCUCCUGGAGGGCACCCUGUACAGCAUGGACCUGAUGAAGGUGCACGCCUAUGUUCACAAGGUGGCCUCCCAGAUGAACACACUGGAAGAGAGCAUCAGGGCCAACCUGAGCCGGGAGAACGAGGUGGUGAAGGAGAGCGUGCGUCACCUCAGCGAGCAGUUGAGGCACUAUGAGAACCACUCUGCCAUCAUGCUGGGCAUCAAGAAGGAGCUGUCCCGCCUGGGCCUCCAACUGCUGCAGAAGGAUGCCCCCGCCGCCGCUGCCACCCCCAACACCCCUGCCACGGGCUCUGGUAGCAAGGCCCAGGACACAGCUGGAGGAAAAAGCAAGGAUAUCAGCAAGUAUGGCAGCGUGCAGAAGGGUGUCGCAGACAGAGGCCUCCCGAAACCGCCCAAGGAGAAGCUGCUGCAGGUGGAGAAGCUGAGGAAGGAGAGCAGCAAGGGCAGGUUCCUCCAGCCCACAGCCAAGCCCCGCGCCCUGGCCCAGCAGCAGGCUGUGAUCCGGGGCUUCACCUACUACAAGGCAGGCAGGCAGGAGGUCACCGAGGCAGUGGCAGACAACGCCCUUCAGGGCACUUCCUGGUUGGAGCAAGUGCCGCCCAAGGUAGAGGGCGAGCCCAACUCCGCAGAGCAGGACAAGGCUGAGCCCAGGUCCUCAGAGGGAGUAGACUUGGCUCCUGGCACUGCCACCUCAGUCCCUGCCACCACCACCGCCGCCGCCACGCCGACUCCCACCACCAAUCUCCUGCCUACUGAGCCACCUUCAGGUCCAGAAAUCUCCAGCCAAGGCAGAGAUGCGAGCUGUGAGGGCACCCUCCGGGCUGUGGACCCCCCCGUGAGGCACCACAGCUAUGGGCGCCACGAGGGAGCCUGGAUGAAGGACCCUGCAGCUCGAGACGACAGGAUCUAUGUCACCAACUACUACUAUGGAAACAGCCUGGUGGAGUUCCGCAACCUAGAAAACUUCAAGCAAGGCCGCUGGAGUAACAUGUACAAGCUGCCCUACAACUGGAUCGGCACGGGCCAUGUGGUGUACCAGGGCGCCUUCUACUACAACCGCGCCUUCACCAAGAACAUCAUCAAGUACGACCUGCGUCAGCGCUUUGUGGCCUCCUGGGCUCUGCUGCCCGAUGUGGUAUAUGAGGACACCACACCCUGGAAGUGGCGUGGCCACUCGGACAUUGACUUCGCCGUGGACGAGAGUGGCCUGUGGGUCAUCUACCCCGCUGUGGAUGACCGCGAUGAGGCCCAGCCUGAGGUGAUCGUGCUGAGCCGCUUGGACCCCAGCGACCUCUCGGUGCACCGGGAGACCACGUGGAAGACGCGGCUGCGGCGGAACUCCUACGGGAACUGCUUCCUGGUGUGCGGCAUCCUGUACGCGGUGGACACCUACAACCAGCAGGAAGGCCAGGUCGCCUACGCCUUCGACACGCACACAGGCACCGAUGCACGCCCCCAGCUGCCCUUCCUCAACGAGUACGCCUACACCACCCAGAUCGACUAUAACCCCAAGGAGCGUGUGCUGUACGCCUGGGACAAUGGCCAUCAGCUCACCUACACCCUCCACUUCGUCGUCUGAGUGGAGACCAGUGCCCCUUGGAGAGGGGCAGCAGUGUGGGAGGGGUUCCCCACACCAUCUCCUGCAACUGACCCAAUCCACAGAUAUUUAUUGGAGGCCAGCCCAGGGCUGGGACUGGGCAUGAGGUGGUCACCAGGUUGAGCUUCCUCAGCACCCAGUGGGUAAUACUUGCUUCCACUUGCAGAGCACUGUGCCAAGCACUUUCUGCUCACUUACCCAUUGAUUCUCCCAGCACCUCCUUGGAGGUAGAGAUCAUGAACCCAUUUAACAGAUGAGGAGACAGAGGCUCAGAGAGGCAUCAUCCCUUGCCUAACACCUCAGUUGUGAUCACGCAGGCUGUGCUGUCACGACAGCCCCAUUUUAAAGAUGAGGAGACUUCACCACGCCCUCCCCUCUCUGCCCUCCCCCAUCUCCCCUGGUCUCCCUUGUUCUCUAAACUCUGUCUCCCUUCCCAGGGCCACUCAGAACCAGAGGCCUUUGGGGCCAGGAUGCUGGUGUGGGGUGGGUGGAGGCCCCGGCUCUGCCUGCCAUCCCAGGGCCCUGUCCUGGCUGAGCUGUUGGUGGCCCUGGGCUUUGGGCUCCUUGGCCAGUGUCCUUGCCUCUUGCCUUUGGCCAGCCCACCCCACCCGCUGUCCGGCCGCAUUCCAAACCUCUACCGUCACCUAGCUGCUGAGCAGAAACCGCACCCCGAGAGAAAAUCCCAGCCUCUGUUCCAAGGCCCCUCUCUCUGCUCCAUGCUCAUUUUUAUUUUUUCUUACUCUUCAUCAGUGCCGUCAUUUGUUUCUGCAGCAGCAGCUGAGAAGGCAGCAGGCAGCUCUGCCAGGGUGGGGAGCUGAGCUGAGGCUCCCUCUCUACCCAGAAGCACUGGUGUUGGUCACAGAGUCAGGCCUUGAGUCCCUUCCCUGGUUCAUCCCAGAGCCUUUGGGCCUGGAGUCCACCUUGUCCUUUUUCUCUGGGCUUUCAAACCCACAACCUUUACACACUCAGGGAUACCUCCAGGUCUGCCAUGAAUAAGACCCUAGGCCCAGGGCUGUUGUGGUGCCAGGAUGGCACAGGUUCCCUCUUCCUUGCCAGCCUUGAUCUGGUCACUGGGCGGGCUGGCUUAGCAGCCUGGGGUCUACAGAAGACACGGUGUGAGGAGUUGGGUCCAGGGGAGGCAUCAGGCAUUCUUCCGGUUGCAGGAGAGAGGCAGAGGGCAGAAGUGGAGAGGGAAGAACUGGGGUCUGCAGACUGGGCUCAUCCUGGCUUCAGAGACGUUGUCGCUAGGGCUGCCCCAAGCGCAGGACUUCAGUUGAGGAUGCACAGCUAGGCCACCUUGCCCGGGGCCACUG